AACAGGGGUUGGGGUUCUGCUAGUGAGUGUCUUUGGCCGUUCCUCACCUGUGUUUUUUGUGGGCGCUGCUGGGGUGCAGCUCUGGGUUUGCUUACAAGUCUCCCAUGCAGGUUUCCCCCUUUAUCCCUCCCACCCAUCAUUUUUGGCACUCUCAGGGUUCAACCUGAAGCAUGGGGGCUGUGAAGUUUGUCACUCACACUUUGUUACCCUUCCUAUGCAGGGACACAGUGUCCAGUGGCAUGAGGCCAGCAGUGCUGGGCCUGGUAGUCUCAGAGCACGCUGAGCCGAGGUGUGAGCACGGCAGGAAGUCACACCAGCUAUGGGACACAGGACCUGCUUCCACCCACCCGUCUGCUGUCACAGCACAGCAGUGGUGGCUGUGGGGGUGAGCCCUGUGGGGCACCCACCACACCGAGGACAGGCAGGGACAGAGCAGUUCCAUCCAGAGGACACAGUGAGGAUGUGUCCCACCUGCCUGGCACUGCUGGCCAUGGCCCCGCUGCUGUGACUCCAGGGAAAGCUCCAGGGACCCGGCACUGCAGUUGGGAUGGGCUGGAGCCCAGGGCCCCUCUGCUCAGCUCCUGUGUCUGUACCAGGGAGGGCAACAGGAGCCCUCCUGCUCUUGGGAAUCAGCAGCCACACUUUCUAAGUAGGGAAAAUGAGGCACAGGGCUACAGGGUGGUUAUGGGAUCACCUAGGGCUCAUCCACCACCCUGACAGCAGUCUGGGGGUCAGGGGCACACCAGCCACCUGCAGGGACCCCAGAUCCCACUUGCUGAGGCCUCAAUCAGCACGCUCAGGCUGCUGUUUUUUUCCAGAAGUCUGAUGACUAAUUUUUUUAAGUUGGGGGCUUUUUUUUUUGACCACCCAAACAAGCUGGAAAAGUCUGAGCCAUAAGAACCACAAGGAGGGAAGAGGGAAGCCUGGGAGAGGGAAUUCUGCUUGUCCCCAGCCUCUCUGGGGGCAGUGGGGCAGGGUCAGUACUGCAGCAGCAGGGGCUGUGCUGGGAGGGUGUGGGCACUGCCAGCAGGUGGGAGAACACCUCUGCUCCUCAUCCCCAUGCUGGGGCAUGCCCUGGAGAGAGGCACAGUGUAUGGGACUGGCUCCUGGCAUCUUUGUUUCCCACCUGACCCUUGUUGUGAGUGAGCCAAUGCCCACCUCCUGUGUGGGGAGAGUAGAUGGAAUACUCAGCUGGGGAAUGGGGGGCUGAACCCCUAUCUCUGGCCCACCUCUGAGCCUCCCCCUGAGGAGAUGGGCUGUGGGGAGCAGGAGAGAAAAACAGCUUCUCCCAGGUUGCUUUCCAAAGCUGUGCUUAUAGGAGGAAAAAAAGGGAACAAGGUGUGGGUGAAGGGGAAGCAGAGACUGUAGGUGGUCAGGCAGGAGACAUGGAGCCAGGCUCCAGGGGAUCACAGCUCAGCAGUGGUUCCACACAGCUCACUCAUCAGCUCCCCAGACUGCAGUCAGGUGCUGGUCACAGCCCACAGCUCCAGCCACGUGGCUCUGGGGGCCCACCUGGGGGUCACAGUUCCUGAGUACACCAUGAGAUGCAUGGGCUGCUCCAAGAGAUGGGCCAAGGCAAUUUCCAGCCCCUAAAGGCCAGGCAGCAAUGGGAUGCAGAGUUCUCGUGAGCCCUUUCCUGCCCUGCCCUGCCCUGCCCUGCCCUGGAGAGGCUCAGGGGAGCUUUGCUGAUGGCUGGGGGAAGAUUUAACCUCUCUGCCUGCUGGCUGGAGGCAGCCCUUCAAACCUGGCCACUGACAAGUGCUGCUCACAGGGGAGGAAGUGUGGUGGAGCUCCAUCCCUGCACUCCUGCAGGCUCCGUGGACACACAGGGGAAGGAUGACUCUGGGGCUACUCCGUGCUCUCAGCAGCACUGCACUGUGACUUUUCAGGGUCAGGACCUACCCAUGGCUUUUUAGGGAUUGGUCUACCGUGGCCACCCCUUGCACGCUGCCAAAUCAGCACGUCCCCAGCACAAAGUGGCUGCGGUGGGGCAGGAGGAAACAGCCCACACAAGCUCACAUGCAGAGCUGGAGGGGAGGAGCACUUGUGGGGUGUCACAGCUGGCUCCGUUCUCCUCUCUGGGGCUCCAGGCUUCCCCCUUUUCCCUCUUUCCCCAGCUCUCUCUGUCCAUCUUGCAUAUCCUGGGGGCCUCUUCAGCAGGAGUUGGAGCCAUCCGGGUGGUGGCUUUGUCUGCAGGCUGGUGAGAGGGGCCAGGAGAGGUCAUAUCACAAACCACCCACACUGACCUGCCCUCACACCUCUGCAGCUGGUUGCUCCUGCUGUGGGGGUCCCAACACCCCCUGUCUGCCCUUGGGGCAAGGGGGAGAGUGCACCUGAGCGAGGUCCAGCAGGCUUUGGGCUGAGCAAGCACCGUGUCAGCAUUGUCUUGUCCACAGCAACCCAGUGAGUGCAGCACAGGGGAGACCAGGGGGUUGACAUGGCCAGUGUCAUCCUGGAGAGCAUCUUCUUGAAGCGCUCACAGCAGAAAAAGAAAACAUCUCCCCUCAACUUCAAGAAGCGCCUGUUCCUGCUGACGGAGAGCAAGCUGUCCUACUACGACGCCGGGGCAGUAAGAAGGGCUCUGUGGACAUUGAGAAGAUCACCUGUGUGGAGACAGUGGCACCUGAAAACAACCCUCCCCCUGAGCGACAGGUCCCGAGGAAAGGGGAGGAUUACAACAACAUGGAGCAGAUCUCAAUCAUCGAAAGGUUCCCCUACCCCUUCCAGUGCCAGGUGUCACUCAACUGCUUGGAGACACUCUGCUGCUGUCCACACUGCAUGGGGCAGCCAGGUGGUCUACGACGAAGGGCCCCUCUACAUCUUCUCACCCACAGAGGAGCUGCGCAAGCGCUGGAUCCAUCAGCUGAAGAGUGUGAUUCGGUACAACAGCGACCUGGUUCAGAAGUACCACCCCUGCUUCUGGAUCGAUGGCCAGUACCUGUGCUGCUCCCAGACAGCCAAGAAUGCCAUGGGCUGCCAGAUUCUGGAGAGCAGGAAUGGCAGUUUAAAAGUCGGGCGGUCACAUCGCAAGACAAAGAAGCCCCUUCCCCCAACUCCUGAGGAGGACCAGAUGGUGAUGAAGCCUGUGCCUCCCAAGCCAGCCCCCAGCACAGCAGGGGAGAUGAAGAAGGUGGUGGCCCUCUACAACUACGAGCCAAUGAACGCGCAGGACCUGCAGCUGCAGAAGGGCGAGGAGUACUUCAUCCUGGAGGAGAGCCACCUGCCCUGGUGGAAAGCCCUUGACAAGAAUGGGAGGGAAGGAUACAUCCCCAGCAACUACGUCACUGAAACCAGAAAUUCCCUGGAGAUCUUUGAGUGGUACUCAAAGAAUAUCACUCGUAGCCAGGCAGAGCAACUGCUGAAACAGGAGGGUAAGGAAGGGGGCUUCAUUGUCCGAGAUUCCACCAGCAAGACAGGGAAAUACACUGUCUCUGUCUAUGCCAAGUCCUCUGCAGACCCCCAAGGCACGAUCCGCCACUAUGUCGUCUGCUGCACCCCCCAGAAUCAGUAUUACCUGGCAGAAAAACACCUGUUCAACAGCAUCCCAGAGCUUAUCACCUACCACCAGCACAACUCUGCAGGGCUCAUAUCCAGACUGAAGUACCCUGUGUCUCAGCACAAGAAGAGUGCUCCUUCCACAGCUGGCCUUGGCUAUGGGUCAUGGGAGAUCGACCCCAAGGAUCUGACCUUCCUGAAGGAACUCGGGACGGGGCAGUUUGGCGUGGUGAAGUACGGGAAAUGGAGAGGCCAGUACAACGUUGCCAUCAAGAUGAUCAGGGAAGGCUCCAUGUCAGAGGACGAGUUUAUUGAUGAGGCCAAAGUCAUGAUGAACCUGUCUCAUGAGAAGCUGGUGCAGCUCUACGGGGUCUGCACUAAGCAGCGUCCCAUCUUCAUCAUCACUGAGUACAUGGCCAAUGGCUGCCUCCUGAACUUCCUGAGGGAAACACGGCAGCGGUUCCAGCCUGCUGAGCUGCUGGAGAUGUGCAAGGAUGUCUGUGAAGCUAUGGAGUACCUGGAAUCCAAGCAGUUCCUGCACAGAGACCUGGCUGCUCGAAACUGUUUGGUGAAUGACCAAGGAAUUGUGAAAGUGUCAGAUUUUGGUCUUUCCAGGUACGUGCUAGAUGAUGAGUACACAAGCUCCAUGGGGUCCAAGUUUCCAGUGCGGUGGUCUCCUCCUGAAGUGCUGCUGUACAGCAAGUUCAGCAGCAAGUCUGACGUCUGGUCCUUUGGUGUCCUGAUGUGGGAAGUUUACUCCCUGGGAAAGAUGCCUUACGAGAGGUUUAAUAACAGCGAGACAACUGAGCACGUCAUCCAAGGCCUACGCCUGUACCGGCCGCAGGCAGCCUCGGAGCGGGUCUAUGCCAUCAUGUACAGCUGCUGGCACGAGAAGCCUGAGGAGCGCCCCACCUUCAGCGCGCUGCUGGGCAGCAUCCUGGACAUCGCCGAUGAGGAGUGCUGACCAUGGGUCCUGCCUGCUGACCUCUGCCCAGCGCUGCCACUGCCCAGCAGGACAGACCCACACACGGCUGGUACCGUGGCACGGUUGUCACAGACACGGCACGGGCGUGCAGAAGCCUGGGGGACCCGCACAGCCAUGCCCACAGCUCUGUCACAGGCUCAGAGCUCCAUCACAUCCCCGGAACUCCAUCACCGCCCUGGAGAGCCAUCACAUACUCAGAUCUCCAUCACAUACUCAGAUCUCCAUCACAUUCCCGGAAAUCCAUCCAUCCCCGGAGCUCCAUCACAUACUCAGAUCUCCAUCGCAUCCCCGGAACUCCAUCACACCCCAGACCUCCAUCACAGCCCGUGGCCCCACCGCUCCGGGGGGUCCCGCUCCGGUGCGUUCCCGGCCAAUAAACCAUUCCACGGCC